AUGUCCAGAUUCAGGUUCAGCUCUCUCUUCCAGUCAAGCUCCGCGUCGACCGCGGAUGCCGAGACCAAGAAGCAGAACCGCCGCUCCUUUUCCGCCCUGACCACUCUCCGGCAGAAGGAUGCCGAAACCAACGGAGCUCCGGCCCCGGCGCCCCAGGUCGCUAAAGCCGAGACGGCAUCUGAGCAAUCCCCGUCUCGGAUGGUGGCUUUAGCUCAGCAAAUUACGAAGGCGACCGAGAAGCUGGAGACGUACAUGAAGGCCAAUAACUUGCCCAUGCCCAGCUUCGACGCCGAUGCCCCCGCCGACUUCCCCGGCCUCCCAGCGGAUGUCCAGCAGAACAGGCAGGACAUCAUUGUCGCGGCCAAGGAACUGAGCAUGCUGGCCCACGGCCCCCGUGAGACCGUGAGAUGGGGCAUCUGGGAGUUUACGGAUGUCUUGGCUUUGACUGUCAUCAACCACUACGGGCUCGCAAAACUUGUCCCUGUCGACUCGACCAUCACGCUCGACGAGUUGCAGGGCAAGACGACUCUGGAUCGCAUCAACCUCGCCCGCGUGCUCCGCUUGGCCAUGACCAACGGUAUCUUCCGAGAACCCAGCCCGGGCGUGAUCGCUCACACGGCCGCGUCUCGCGUCCUUGCCGAGGACGAGGACAUGCAGGCGUGGGUCGGCUUCAAUGGCGAGGACAUCUUCCGGGCCUCCGGCCACGUCCUGCAGUCGCUCAGGGCCGACCCGGAAGCGACAUCGCUCACCCGGGCCGGCUUCCAGUAUGCCUUUGACACGGUAGACAAGGAGCCCAUGUUCGUCACCUUCGGCAAGGAUCCGGUCCGCGCCCGCCGCAUGGGCCGCGCCAUGGCGAGCUUGACCGGCGGCGAGGGUUACGAGCCCUCGUACUUUGUCGACGUCGAGAAGGGCGGCUACGACUUCAGCGACCUCGACGCGGCCGGCGGCACCUUUGUCGACAUUGGCGGCUCGCACGGCUUCAUGUGCGUCGCCCUGGCCGAAAAGUACAAGAACAUGAAAUUUGUCGUGCAGGACCUCCAGAAGACGGUCGACAGCGCGCCGAGCCCUCUCAGCGACGACCCCCAGGUCGCCGAGCGCAUCAGCCUAGUACCGCACGACUUUUUCACCGAGCAAGUCACCAAGGACGCAGACGUCUACUUCUUCCGCUGGGUCAUGCACAACUACUCGACCCCCUACGCGGUGCGCAUCCUCAAGAACCUCGUCCCCGCCCUCAAGCCCGGCGCCCGCGUCGUCAUCAACGACUACUGCCUGCGCGACGCCGGCCAGGAGAACCCCUGGGACGAGCGCGUCGUCCGCCGCAUGGACGUCGUCAUGCUCGCCGUGCUGAACGCCCAGGAGCGCACCGAGGAGGAGUUCCGCGCGCUUUUUGCGGCGGCGGGGGACGGGUUUGUUUUUAAGGUGCGUUUUUCUUUUUUCGGUUUUUGUUUCGUUUGUGGUGUGGUGUUGUGGGUGACUUGGGAAGGGAAGGGGUUUGCUGACUGA